CAACUCCCGCCAGAAACUACACCACCCACUUCAACUACCUAAUACAGAAAACAUUGCUCCUUUUUCUUUUUUCUCUUAUUUAGCACUCUUUUGUUUAUGCAUACACGAAUUAAUAUUCUUUACCUAUCAAGAUACCUCAAUAGACAGCUCUCAUUAUUCAUAGCUAUAUUUUUAAGCAAAAGCUUUUACAACCAAGAUAAUUAAUUAAAGAAGCAGGAAUCGUAAAGAAAAUGGUGGUGGGUAUUUCUUCAUCAACUAUAAUGGCUGAGAAGAUCUCUUGUUACUGUGCUUUGUUGAUGGCCAUGAUGCUGGUUUUGAGCUGCUGUGAAGUUAGCGAAAGCGAAUUGAGGUUGAUUACUGUGAAUCAGAAUGGGAUUGUGAAGAAGCCAUGUGAUGAGAUUUAUGUGGUUAGAGAAGGAGAGACGUUGCAUACCAUUAGUGAAAAAUGUGGAGAUCCUUAUAUUGUCGAAGAAAACCCUCAUAUUCAUGAUCCAGAUGAUGUUUUUCCUGGCUUGGUUAUUAAGAUUACUCCUUUCAAAAAUAGUAAUUUUCAGAUUAAAAACAUACACAAAAGAGAGAGGAAACUAGAGAGUUCCAAAGGGUGCUGUCCUGCUCGUUUUUCUCAGCACCAGUUCUAGUGUUUUGGUCUCCGGAGAAGAUUCCACCGUUGGAUUUUGCUGAAAGUUUGUCAGCUUGUUGAGGCACUCGGAGCUACAUUCUGACCGUUCGGAUCGUCAAUUAGAGCUCUGGUUCAUCGGAAAUUUUCUCUGGACAGAGCUGCUGUUUUUGGGUGAAUUCUACACUUUUUUGUUCUCUAUUUCAAUUCUCUUAUUGUUGGUAUUUGUUGGUAGGUUGUAAAUCUUUUGUAGACUGAUUUGGGGUUCUUUUUCCUUCAAUUUAUAAAUAAGAGAAGUUAAGGGUGGACUCCUCAAAAGGUCCCGUGGUUUUUACUCUUCAUAUCGAAGGGGUUUUCCACGUAUAAAUCGUGUGUGUUGUUUGCUAUUAUUUUCUUUUGUUAUAGCUAGUUAUUUACCGUAUUUAGUUGCUGGUUUCUUUUGUUAAUUUGUUUGUGUGACAAUUUGGAUUGAUUGGAUUGCAUAAUUAAUUGGUUUUCUUGAUUGUGUGACAUUGUAGGUGUCAUUGUGACCCCCUUCUGAUCCCUACAGUAUGUAAUUAUAUAACAAGUCAUUACACCUUGCUAAACUAAGGAGGAUAUGUGAUUAGGAAUGACAAGAAAAGGAAGAUAUGUAUAUACUUAUCAGAAUAGCUGCUUUGAUGCUGUCGUUGGUCAAAGGGAUUUUGAAGGUCUCCAUCUUUCUGAAGAUCCAAAAGAACAUCUAAAAGAUUUUUGGCUUCCUUUUAAUCACCAUCAUCACCAUCCUUGGAGGCUGCCCAGGUGGCUUUGUGUUCAUUUAUGAUGUCUUCCAGUAUUUAAUCUGCAAUUCGAUGCAAUUUCUCCACUUUAGACUUGGUACCAGAGAUGAUCGAAGAAAUUGCAAGGAAGGAAAUACAUCAGCAAUUCUGAAGCCUCCUGCUGCCUCGAUGACGUCUUCAAUAAGGUUUAAAAGGGCUUCUUGGUUUUUGCUCUUGCGCACGGCGAUUCUUGCAAUGAUAUUGUUUGUUAAAGCAAACAGCUUCUUGGAAAGAUUGACAGGGGUUCCUGCUUUUGAGUGAAGAAACAUGAGAAAAUUUGAAAGCUCUUCUCCCCUAACUGAACUGAACGAUUCUAUGCGUUUUGCACUAAGCAGCUCUAAGGUGCAUAAUUUUCUCAAUUGUCUCCAAUGGUCUCCGUAUGUACCAAAUAUAAUAUCCAUACCAUAGUAAAAGACUAUUUCUGCUGCCAGGAGAAGGGGUCUCGGCGAACAACUCGCCCUGGUUUUUCAGCACUUCUUGGGCUCCUUCAAAUGAAGAAAACACAAGAGCUGAAAUUUGGCCAAUUUGCACACUAUAAUUGGUCCAUAAGUUUCUGCCAAUUCUGUUAUACGGUGAUGAGGUAAAUCAGUACCAGCCACCUGGUGCAAGUUGCCAAUGAAAGCUAACUUCCUUGGUCCGGGAGGUGAGUUGGGUCUGUCCUUUUUUGUCUUCCACACCCUUAAUACUAUGAAGAUAAAAAGGAGAAAGCUUAAAAGGACAGGAUAUGAUAGGGUUUGGUACUCCAUUGGUACAAUUGGAAAUGGAUUGGAAGUAUAAGACUGAUUGGUGAACCACACAUAUUCCACUUCAUAAUUUAAUUGCAAUGCAUUAAAGCGCGAUGCUGAUACAGUGAAGAGUGCACUUGCCAAAAAAGUACAUGAUCUUUCCUCCAUUAUUGACUCUCAGUUUGCAGCCUCUCGUUUUCCAUUAGAGGAAUGUUCUUCUACUGCAUAUCCAAGAGCAUUCGUUCAUUUCUUAGUAGAAAGUUCUUUUGUAGUUUCUUUAAAUUAAGGGGUCGGUCACGUUAAUAGAGCUUGCAUGCAUUGCCUUACCGGUAUCGCGCUGUCGAAUAGCUGCCAAAUUUUAACUUUUUUUAUUGGUAGCUAGCUGCCGAACAUUUUCAUCUUAAGAUGGCCUUUAUUUUAAUUUUAAUUAAGCUCGUUUUUCUAA